AUGACCACAAUUAAAACCAACACCGACGUGCAGCUUCGCGACAGCGAGUCACACAAUACCACUUCCACAGCUGAGAAGAUAGGAACACCCGAAGACCAGAAAGACAUGCAUAGAAUGGGGAAAACGCAAGAAUUGCGCCGGAACUUCCGUUUCGUUUCCAUCUUUGGAUACUCGAUGAUCUUAAUGUCUACAUGGGAGACUGUGUUAACUACUUUGAUCAUACCAUUGACGAACGGCGGUACUGGCGGUGCGAUAUUCGUCUUUCUUGGAACUGCAGUUGGUAUGGGCUUUGUCAUCGCAUCUAUGGCUGAGAUGGCUUCCAUGGCCCCCACGUCAGGCGGUCAAUAUCACUGGGUCUCUGAGUUUGCACCACGAGAGCACCAGAGGUUCCUGAGCUAUGUUGUCGGCUGGCUGUGUGUUCUUGGCUGGCAAACAGGUAUCGCCUCCGUUGCUUUCCUAGCUGGCGGCCAGAUCCAAGGCUUGAUCAUUCUAAACAACAACAACAACUACGUCCCAGAACGUUGGCAUGGUACACUCCUCAUUGUUGCAGUCGCGAGCUUUGCCAUACUGUUCAAUACGCUUCUUGCACGCAAACUUCCCCUCGUUGAAGCCACAGUGCUAGUCCUCCACAUAUUUGGCUUCAUUGCUAUCUUCACUAUCAUGUGGGUCCUCGGAACACACAGCAAGCCUAGUCAAGUAUUUGGGUCUUUCCAGGAUAAUGCCGGGUGGGGUAACACAGGUCUAUCAUGUCUAAUUGGCCAACUCGCUCCCAUAUUUACAUUACUUGGAUCAGACGCAGCAACCCACAUGAGCGAGGAGCUUCAGGAUGCAUCCAAGACGCUGCCAAGAGCCAUGAUCUGGACAGCAAUUGUAAACAGCAGUUUAGGUUUCCUGAUGCUGAUCGUCUUCUGCUUCAGUCUCGGGGAUGUGGAGAGUGUGCUUUCGACUCCGACUGGCCAACCGCAUAUACAAAUCAUGUCUAAUGUUACCCAAUCGACCACUAGCACCACAGUUCUCGCGUCCAUAAUUUUCAUCAUGGCAAUAUUUGGGUGUGUGAACAACGUUGCAACGUGUUCGAGGCAGUUGUUCGCUUUCGCACGCGACCAUGGCGUCCCCUUCGGAGCGUUCCUUUCGCGAGUGCAGCCUGGUUGGGACAUACCCUUCAAUUCCGUCGUUGUGUCUUUUGUUUUUUCGAUCCUUCUCUCCUUGAUUAAUAUUGGCAGUACUGUGGCGUUCAACAGUAUCGCUUCACUCGGUACAUGUGCCAUGUUGUCGUCCUACAUCAUUUCUAUCUCCUGCAUCUUUCUCAAGAGGUGGAGGAACGAGACCUUACUGCCUUGCCACUUCAGCUUAGGAAAGGCUGGUAUCUGGAUCAAUGGCAUUUCUGUUCUUUACCUUUGCGUGGCACUAUUGUUUGCCUUCUUCCCAACGUUUCCUUCUCCUACUCCUGAGUUGAUGAACUGGAACGUGCUUAUCUAUGGGGUUGUUGUGAUAUUUUCCCUGGUCUAUUUUGUUGUUCAGGGCCGGAAGAUGUAUGUUGGACCAGUCGAAUAUAUCAACAGGAAUACCCUCUAG